CAAGGAGCCGAAAGACCUAUCUGUCGUCGAUGUGGUGCUGUUCUCACCGUUCGUCAUGUGCUUGUAUCAUGUCCGCGCCUCAUGGCAGAACGUCGACGAUACUUUGGACAGCGUGACUCGUCCUUGACACUCUGUGACAUCUUAGGAGACAACUCGCGCCUUCUUGAAUCUAAACAGGUAUUUCUUUUCCUUAAACAUAUCAACUUCGGGACUCUUUACACGGUCCAUUAGUUAGGUAAAGCAAACAUCGUUAUGGGCGCCAAAUGACCACCGCAGUCGGCGCGCCCGAAAACACCAAUCAACAACAACAGCAAAGCGUGACCACUCAUUUUUGACUCGCUCAAUUUGGGAGGAAUUGGAAUGGCUGGACAGCACUUCCUGUCGUAUCACAUUUAUGUGGAUCCCCAGCCACAUGGGAAUAAUGGGGAGCACACAGUAAUGCGAAACGAAUCGACCUCAUGGUAUCGGCGAAGUCUGAACAGCCACUGGUGGGACUGGAGGCCAUCUCGGACCGCUUCGCGAUGUUCCUGCGUGGGGUCCGGGGUGGCUUCUGCAACGCAACAAAGGUGCAGCGCCACAUGCCGGCGCUCCAUCUCCUGCGGCCAGAGCUGCUCCCAGGCCGUCGUGCGGAGAACAUGAUGAUGCCGAACAUCAUGGCGGCCCUCUCCGGCCCCCAGCUGGCCAUGGAGGGGCCAGACGGCUGGCUGCAAGCCCAACAGCGAGCCCGCAAGAUGACAGCCGGCACGCGAAAAUCUUCGAUCCGCUGCGUGUCCCUGCUCAUCACCUACUGCGCAAUAGACUGCGAAAAUCUUGGUCUGCAGGCGUGGCUGCCGCGCAUGCCGGCCGUGCAGGAGCGGCUGACGGCAUGGCAGCGCUCGAUGAAACGUGACGAUUGGGAGCAGCGCCGGCACCACGAAACCCAGGCGGCACGCUUCGUCGACGUGCAAGUCGAGCAGUGCUUCCUGAGCGUAAGAGAUUGACUGCCGCUAUGCGGUUGUGAGUAAUGUUCAUGUGUGGCGCUUGU